AUGUUUUUCGAGGGCUCCAUAGCAGAGGCGAUCGCAACCUCGCGGCGGGAGGUCAAGCCCCUUGUUGUGCUGCUCACAGGCUUCGACCAGGGCAGCCGCCAGGUGCAGGACGCCCUGAUCGAGCUGGGGCAGGAGGAGUUUGCGGCCGGCUCCAUCGUUCUGGCGCUCGAGGAUGACCUCACCAACACUGACCGCACCCAGUUUGCCGACGCAAAACACUUCCGCGCCUUCUGCCCGGUGGAGGCGCUGCCCACGGUGGUUAUGGUAUCGCCAGCUGGCGCCACGUUGGCCAAGGUGGCGGGGGUGGCGUCUGCCGCGCAGCUGCGCCAGCGCCUGGCCGACGCAUACGCCGCCUUCCGCACGCAGCAGCUACAGAUGAUGGCGCUGGCAGUGGCCGCCGCGGCGCCGCCGCAGCCGCCGCAGCCGCAGCCGCAGCCGCAGCCGGCGGCCGCCGCGGUCGCGCAGGCGUCGGCUGCGCAGGCGGGGUUUGCGCAGGCGGGGUCUGCGGCGGAGGCUGGGGAUGAGGCCAUGGAUGAUCUGCCGGACUUAGUCGAGGAUUGGGAGGAGGAGGAGGCGCCGCCGGCCGCGGCCGCUCCUGCUGCUGCUGCCCCUGCACCCGCCGCAGCAGCAGCGGCAGCAGCAGCAGCAGCAGGGGGAGCGGCAGCGGCGCCAGCGGCGGCCCCAGGCUCUGCGGCGGCGCCAGGCUCAGCGGCGGCGGCGGCAGAAGCCGAGGCGGCGGCGGCGGCGGCGGCAGCUUCCGAGGAGGUUCCGCCGCCCGACCCGGCCUCCCAGCCGUACCGCCUUCAGUUUAAGUUCACCGAUGCCAGCGUGCUGCGGGGCGACUUCACGGCAGCUUCCACCCUGGCCCAGGUGUUUGCCUGGCUGGACGGCCAGCGCGCGGUGGCGGGCAAGUGCCGCGGCUUGGCAUACGUUCUGGUGCAGGCGGCGCCAAGGGUGGUGGUAGGCGCCGCCCAGGAGGGCCUGGCGUUGGCGGCGGCGGGCAUCCAACCCCGCACCUCGCUGCAAGUCAUCCCUCACGCGGCGCUCGGCCACCGCCCGCCCCAACCCGAGCCCACACCCGAGGCCGCACCCGAGCCGCAGCCCAUGGCUGUGGAUGCGCCGGCGGCGGCGGCGGCGGAGCCGUCGCCUGCGGCUGCAGACACACGGCAGCAGCCCGCGGCGACGGCAGCGGCCGGCGGCAUCGCAGGCGUGCGGGGGCAGCUGCAGCAGGUGCGCGCGGAGGCGGCGGCGGCCUCCGCUGCGGCUACGGCGGCUGCGGCGGCUGCGCGGCCCUCGGCUGCCCGCCGUCCGCCGCCCGCGGUGGCUGCACCCGCGCCGGCGCUGCCGCCGCCGUCCGAGAUCCAGCUGCAGGUGCGGCUGAGCAACGGCGACGUGCUGCGCCGCGCUUUCCAGCCGGAUGCCAGGCUGGCGGCGGUGCUGGACUGGCUGGAUGCGGCCCGCACAGACAGGGGCGCCUACAAGCUGUGCCAGACCUUCCCCAAGCGCGCUUUCUUCUCCGGAGACCUGGGCAGGACGCUGCUGGAGCUGGGCUUUGAUGCCCGCACCUCGCUGCAGCUGGAGCUGCUGCCGCCGCGGUCCAAGGGCAAGCUCGCCGCGCCGGCCGCAGCCCCGGCCCCCGCCCCCAUUGCCGCGGUGCAGUCCAGGGCUGCUGCUGCGGCUGCUGCGGCGGCGGCUGCUGCGGCAGCAGAGGCCGAGGCAGCCAAGCUACCUGACGUGUAUACCCUGCAGUUCAAGCUGACCAACGGCGAGCAGCUGCGCGGCAGCUUCCCGCCCGAGUCCCGCCUCCAGGAGGUGUGCCACUACCUCGACUCGCACCGCACAGAUGGCGGGGUGCCGUACCGCCUGGUACUGCCCUUCCCCAAGCGCACCUUCCGGGCGGAUGACCUGCCGCAGCAGCUGCACUCGCUGGGCCUGCAGCCGCGGCAGCUGCUGCUACUGGAGCCGCUGGGUGGCGGCGCCGGGGGCGGCGGCGGUACCGGCUGGUCCCUGCGCGGCGCCCUUGGUACCGCAGCUUCCUACUUCAACCCCUACAGCUACCUGCGCGGCGGCGCGGCGGGCACGCCACGCGAGCAGGCCGCCGCCGCCGCGGCCGAGGAGGUGCAGGCGUCGGCGUCUGCGGCGGCGGCCGGCACGGCUGCGCGGGGGCAGGGCGCCGCACCGGACGCGCUGCUGCCCUCCGGCGGCGGCGGCGGCGGCGGCCAGCAGCGCGGCGCGCGCAAGCGGGCCCUGGGCGGCGCUCCGGCAGCCGCCGCGGCAGGACCCAACAUCCAUACCCUCGGCAGCAGUACCGGUACCGGCAGGGAGGAUGGGCAGGACGACCCGGGAGCCAACAAGUACUGGAACGGCAACUCUACUGAGUUUGGGGGGCCGCCGCCGCCGCCCGGGGAGCAGUAG